CUCGUCUGAGAUUUCGAAAAAAAUAAUCUGAGAUAUUUUCUCUGUUUUACUGGCACCAUCUAACAAUAUCAGGACACCAGACGAGUCAGAGAGGUGAUUUAGAGCACAAUUUACAUAGGUAUGAAAAUAUAAUGUGCAGUGACUAGAGUAUUGUAGAAAGUUUUGCAGUUGAAAAGAAAUGAAAUGAAAAUCACAUUUUGGUAGACCUUAUCUCUAAAAUGCUAACACCAGCGUUUGAAAUUGCACAAGAUGCCAACACUAUCAUUGUAGUAAUCCAGGCUCCAUAUACAAAGGUGUCCGACACAGAAGUUUUCAUAGAUGGCACUGAUUUCAAGUUUUACUCCAAGCCUUAUUUUCUCAGAUUAACGUUACCAGGAAGACUUGUAGAAGAUGGCAGAGAAGAGGCUAAAUAUGAUGUUGAUAAAGGGUCAUACACUGUCACUGUACCUAAGGAAACACCAGGGGAAUAUUUCCCUGAUCUUGAUAUGCUCACAAAACUACUAGCGCCAUCUAGCAGCCAACCUACUGCUUCCACUCAGCCAAUGAUAGAAGUUCUAGCAUCAGAUUCUGUUGAUGAUGUCACAGAAUGCCAGGAUGAGGAGGAAGAAAUUGAUUGGCAGCUGCCGCAGACACCAUAUCAACCCAAACUUACAACAGAGGGGCCUCAGUAUGGAUUUGCAAACCAGAAAUCUGGUGUUUUUAAACGUCUUGAGAGUGAAUUCUUGGAGAUCCUUGACAUUAAGAAUCCUGAGACUUUGACCCCACAUGAAAGGCGGCAACAGCGAAUAGAGAAUGAAAACUCACAUUUUGAUGAGGAGUAUUAUUUAGCAGAUUUGUUCUAUGAUGACAAUGUACAGAGGAUCAUUGCAUACAAAUCCCCAUGGUUGGCUGAGUAUAGAGCUUGGAAAAAAGGUGAAAAUAUUGUUGAAUUGAGUGAAAUUGACAAGGAGAAAAUGUUGAAACUUCCCCGUAAAGAAUACCUUCUUGAUGCACAUAUAGAGCGCCAUCUAUAUUUAGGACUGGUGGACCUGAUGUUUGCCUAUGCAUACAACCAUAGAAUCACAGAGGGGGAGAACUCUGUUGAGUCAGGAUGGACUAUAAGCAAAUUGAGCGCCACACUAUCAUGUUUUGAGACCUAUAGCAGCUUAUUUGAUGUGUGUCUAGCAUGUCAUCGUAGAGCAAUGUGUUUCCCACUACAUCGUCAUUGGAAACUAACCAAUAAAGUAUUCAAAGAUAUGAAACAGAUCUUCGCAUUAGGGAAGACAAGGCUGCUGAAGUGUUUGCUAGAGAUCCACUCCAUAUUCAUGGAGAGUGACCCCAGGUAUAUCCUGAAUGACCUCUACAUCACAGACUAUUGCGUAUGGAUACAAUCGGUCAGCUCAAAUAAACUAGAGUCAUUUGCAACAAGUCUGGCAGAGGUUGAGGUCAGCAAAGAGGAUGUGAACUUUGACCUUGUUGAACUUGAGCAAGCAGCCUCAUUGGUUCAAUCUGAGGAGAACACAAUUGAUUCUAUGACAUCACAAACAGAACAAUUGAAUAUACACACACCUAGCCAUACAGGCUCUGGAGACAAUACAGAGAAUAGUAAGGCUACCAGCCAUGGGCUAGAAUCCCCUGGUAUUGACUCUAGGUGACAUCUGAGAUGACAAGUCUGAGACCACAGUGGUGGUCUCCAUGACAUCACAGUGGUCUCUAUGACAUCACAGUGAUUUUUAUGCCAAUAUAAACAGCAAUAAUUUACUGAAAUCAUAGUAUGAUAGAGUGCUCAGAUAUCAUUGAAUUUACAAUGAUUACAUCCUGUCAGUACACAUAUCAUUCCAAAUAUUGUCCAAAAAGCACAGAAUAUUCAAACAUGGACCCAAUUUUCCCAAAAAAUGAAAUUGAAGAGUUGUUUUAUUUUAAAUGUAUGAGUUGUCUAGAAUUUUAAGGGACAAAAUAUACUGUCUUCCAUGGGUCGGUGUAAUCCAUUUUAAGGGUUUAUAGGGGUUUUGGGCUUUGCUUUAUAAUGUUGCCCUUUGUGUUGCUUUCUCAGAAUAUGACUUAGGAUUACCACAAAAAGAACAAACAAUUAAUUCCCUUGCUUAUUUUGUACAUUUUAUUUUGCCCAACGACAUGUAAGAAUAAGCUAUACUGCUAAAUCCACAAAAUGUACAUCUUUUAUUUUUAUAUGUGCUGUACAUCAAAGCAUUUUAUAGCAUAUUAGCUAUUUUUAUUCGCUUAAGGUUAGAUGAUUUGAAAAAUGGAACAAUAUUCUGAGCAGACUUCAAAUAUGUAGAUACGUAAACAAAAACUUAAAUAUGCUGGUGCAAUAUUUUGCACUCUAUACCCAAUGACUGAGGGUGACUGAAAGUGAAAUAAACAC